AUGGCCAAUAUUAAUAACAGACGAUCAUUACUUCAAAGACACCGAUGGAAGUUGUUGAUAUCUUUGUUCAGUGUAACGGCACUUUGUGCUACUGGUUCUAUUGUAAUGUUUCUAGUCAAGAGGUGGCUAUACAGGCAACAAUUACGAAUCAGUGAGGAUCAUUUCAUAAGGGAACAAAUGCGUAGAAGAUUUAUACAGACCCAAGAGGAUUCAUUAAGAACUCUGUGUCAAUUAAUACCCGUGUUUGCAAUAGUUCUUAAUAAAGACGAGUUAAAUAUUGAUGAAUUGUUUAAUGAAUUGAAGAAUAAGAAAAGAGUCACCGAAGAGUCCACAAAUGAAGAAAAUAUUGAAAAAAGUAAAGCUGAACUAUGGAACGAAUUAAAGAGCAAUAGUAUUGUGAAAAUUAUUACCAUUACAUAUACAGUGUCUACUUUUUUCUUAUUGACAAGAUUACAAUUGAAUAUGCUAGCUAGAAGAGAAUAUUUGGAGAGUGCAGUGAAUAUGAAUGUAGAGAAAAAGAAAAAUGAUUCCAAGGGACAAUACUCAAUAAUGGUUCUGAUAAGUAGGUUUUGGAAUAAUUCUAACAAUCAAGAUAAUAUCAUCAAUUCAACGAAUGAGAAUACAAUAACUUCAUCUACCGGUUAUUCCAUGGAGUCGAACAACAACAGUAAUAAGAUCGCAUAUAUCAACGAACAAGGCUAUUUAUCACUUUCAUGGUGGUUAUUGAACAACGGAUACAAAACAUUUAAAAGAUUAGCACAUAAGUAUGUUGCGAAAGAAUUCGAAACAAUUAAUCCUAGAGAUCAAUUGACCUUAGAAGAGUUCAGUAAUCAUCUAAGUAAUGUCUUUCAAGCGAUCAACAAGGAUAUUUUGAUAUCGAAGGAAGAUAGUAUUAAUAUACGGGACGUUAUACUUCCUAGUGACAAUGAUUUAUUUACUGUGUUGCAACAAACGUUAGAUCAAAAUGAAUUAGAACUAUUACAAGAGGAUGACACAGUACUAAGAAGAUUAAUGCAUGAACUAACACAAUGUGUACAAAGUAGUGCAUCAAAUAUUGUUCUUGAGAAUCUAGUGAAUGAGUCGUAUCAAUACAUUAUGAACCACAUUGAGGAAAAAGUGAUAGCCAAGAAUCAAAAGACUUCCAAUGUCUCUGCAGAAUCGUCAUUUCAAAUGGCUUUAUUUGCCAUAGUAUCAAAGGAUACAUGCCGUGAUAUGUUAGCAGACAAUACUAGUAAUAAUAGUAGUGAUGCCUCUAACGAAUACUUACAAUGUCUAGAUAGAUUAGAGGCCCUAGAUGAUUUGAGUUCCAGUGUUUAUAGUAAUUUCAAUGUAUAG